AUGCCGUCGAAAUCGAAAUCGAAAUCGAAGCCGAAACCAUCUUCUACGACCUCAUCUGUUGAAAAGCAAUUAUGGUCCUCCCUCACAACCCUCUCCCCAUGGCUUCUCGAUGCCGUCGCCACAAUGGGCUUUACAAAAAUGACUCCAGUGCAAGCAUCUACAAUCCCACUGUUCCUCGGUAAUAAAGACGUUGUCGUCGAGGCCGUUACCGGCAGCGGGAAGACACUUGCUUUCUUGAUACCUGUCAUUGAACGACUUAUACGGAGUAAAGAAACUCGCGGGAAGGGGUUUUUGGAAGGGAUUAUUAUUUCACCGACGAGAGAAUUGGCAACACAGAUCCACGGCGUUUGUGAGGGACUACUGAAGUUCUGGCCGGUCACCGAAGGUGGGGAUGGGGAUGAGGGAUCGAGCGUUGUUCCGUGUCCGAUACGACCGCAAUUACUAGUUGGAGGAUCGAAUACGACGCCGCAGAAGGAUCUUAAGCUCUUUUUGUCGACUUCUACAAAUCUGAUUAUUGCAACACCGGGACGACUUAAUGACUUACUACAGUCGGAUUAUGUCAGAACUUCGAGUUUUGAUGUAUUAGUACUCGACGAAGCGGAUAGACUAUUGGAUCUGGGAUUUAAAGAAACACUGAUGAAAAUCCUUGCCCGGCUGCCAAAGCAAAGGAGGACCGGCUUGUUCAGUGCAAGUGUUACUGAUGCUGUGGAGGGCGUUAUGGGAUGGGUUGGUGUACGGAAUGGUGUAAGGAUUAAUGUGAAGGUUCGGGAUCACAAAGAUGAAGAGAAAAGAACGCCGGUCAGUUUAGAUAUCGGAUAUAUACCCGUUCAAGCUUCCGAAAAGCUGUUUUGGGUACCACGGAUAAUCGAAUCACUGCCCUUACCGCCACAAAAGACCAUUGUUUACUUUUCGACCUGCCAUGCGGUAGAUUACUUUGCACAUUUGCUGCCAGUUAUACUUCCGGCACAUUUUAAAGUUAUCGCGUUACAUGGACGACAAUCUUCGGUUAAUCGGGGGAAGAAUUUCGAGGAGUUCGUGAAUUCGACGGGAGUUACGAUGCUACUUACCACAGAUGUGGCGGCGAGAGGGCUAGAUGUGCCUGAGGUAGAUCUGGUAGUUCAGUUGGAUGCGCCACAGGAUCCAAAACAAUUCAUGCAUCGAUGUGGACGAUCUGGGAGAGCGGGAAGGAGGGGGAAGGCAGUCCUGCUAUUGACAAAAGGGAGGGAGGAAGAUUAUGCCGGGUUCAUGAAGGUUAGGAAAACGCCGAUGAGGCUGAUCCCCGACAUUGAGAUCCGAGCUCCCGAAGAGAAAGAUGUGAAGGAAGGACUUGAAAAAUUAAGGAGGGUGGUAAGAGGCGACAGAGCGGUUUAUGAGAAGGGGAUGCAGGGGUUUGUGAGCUGGGUUAGGAGUUAUAAAGCUCAUGUUACGAGUUCGAUCUUUAGGAUUGAGGAUAUGGAUUGGAGCGAGGCUGGGAGGGGAUGGGCUUUACUCAAGAUGCCAAAGAUGCCGGAACUGAAGGGGGUUACAGAUAUCGACUUACAGUUGAAGGAGGAAGUUGAUGUCGAUGGGAUCAAGUUCAAGGACAAAGCAAGGGAAAAACAAAGACAAGAAGGUAUACAAUACCGACAGACUGAAGAGUUCCAAGAGAAGAUGCAACAGGAAAAGGAGCACAGACUAGAGAACAAGAAGAAAAACUUCGCAUGGAGCGGGAAGCAGGAGAGCAAAGAUCAGAGGGAAGAUCAGAGAGAACGGAAGAGGAAGAGGAGGGAUGCAGAAAAGUACAGCAAGAUGACAGAGGAAGAGAAGAAAGAUGCAGAUGAAUUGCAGGAAAUGAUACGGCAGAUCAAGAAGAGCAAACAGGAUGAAGAUGGAGACGAAGAAGGACAGAAGGACGAUGAAUGA